AUGGCUAAUAAGAAUCUGGGAAAUAAAUUAUUGGUCCAUCAAAUUGAUGAAGACACCUUCAGCGUUACCGCGGACAAUGGAAUCGCAAUGGUCCAUCUUCGAAGUAAAAUAUGUUCGUGUCGAGAGUUUGACUUGGAUAAAAUACCCUGUCAACAUGCUAUGGCUGCGCUUAGACACAAAUUUGGAGAUGAAUAUGGCAAGAUGAUUUAUGAGUACUCUUCUCCGUAUUAUAAGGUAGAGUCAUAUAUACUUGCAUAUGCAGAUCCAAUCUAUCCAGUGCCAACUGAAGAAUUUUGGAAUCUUCCUCUGGAAAUUUUAGAGAGAGUAAUACCUCCACCUGAAAAGAAAACUAAAUUGGGAAGGAAGCGGCUGAAACGAGUACCUACUAUAGGAGAAGUGGUUUCAAAGAAAAGAAAUAAAUGCUCUCUAUGUAAAAGAUUUGGCCACAAAAAAACUUCAUGUCCUACGAGAUCGAAUGAAGUUGCAGGAACAAGUAGUGGUGUAGUUUCAUGA